AUGGCCAACCCGAUUGACCCGCCUCUGGAUGAGAUCCAAUGGCGCGCGCCCGAGAUCGCGGCAUCGAUGCAGGGCAUCCACUCCAACAGCGUGCUCUUCUACUUUGCCGAGUCACCCUUCUUCGACCGCCAGUCCAACAACGCCGUCAUCACGAACCAGGCCAUGUUCAACCCAGCGCUCCUCAAGAACCUCGCUACGCGCGAGGCCUUCGAGGGCGAGCUCGACAAGAUGAGCGGCCUCGAGUUCCGCGUCCUGCACGCGCCGGCCGACAUGGUGACGGGUACGGGUGUCUGGACCAUUGUCAAGCAGACGAGACAGAAGAACAUUGACCGGAACCGAAUGGAGACAAGGCCGUUGGCGUAUUAUUUCGUGGUCGGCGAGAACAUCUACCAGGCCCCGACACUGGGCGACAUUCUCAGCUCAAGAAUUGAAUCCAUUGCGGAGGCCAUGCGAAAGGUCCUUCCCGCCACAGACAGCGUGCGGAAAUGGACGCCCUCGCUGGGCCACGUCUACACCCAACCGACGCCCCCAUCGGCGCUCUCCCGCGCGACGGCCUCCAAGGAAGGCGGCGACACUCCCAUGGCCGACGGCACCACCGCUAACGCCACCACUACCGCCGCGGCGGCGGCGGCAAAGUCGGCCACGGCCGCCAAGAAGGACUCGACCAAGAACGCGCUCGACCGGCUUGCCGAGGAGUCGUUCCUGAUCCACAUGCGCCACGGCGGUGACUACUUUGAUGAGAACCCCAUCACGGGACGGCCCGGCGACUUCCACUUCGCCAGUACGGGGCGCAAGGACAAGAUCGCGCCGCCUCCGCCGCCGGCCACGGCCACGUCGUCGACGACGACACAACAGCCGCCGAAGCCGGCCGUCAACACGAAGCUGGCGGAGGAGGCGAAGAAGGACGGGAAGGAGGGCAAGAGCCCUAGGACGCCUACGGUGCCGAAACCCAAGAGGAAGAAGAGCAAGAUCGCGACGCCGGCGACGACGCCUGGUCCAUCUUCGUGA